AUGCAAUGCCACCCUGGGGUAUGGCCCGAGGCCGCAGCAGGAAGCUUCAUCACACAAACAGCGUUACACAACGCUGCUUCUGUGGAGGAGGUGCGACUUCUCAUUAAUGCCGGAGCAGAUGUCCUGGCAAUAGACGUCCGGAACGAAACGCGCCUACACAUCGCCGCCCUUGACGGAGAGACAGAGGUGGUGCAACUGCUACUCGAUGCUGGAGCCAAUGUUUUGGCGGGAAAUUUCUACGGAGCAACACCUUUGCAUAUGGCCGUUAAAAACGACCACGAAGACGCGGCACGGCUUCUUAUAAAUUCCGGGUCUGAUCUUGCUUUAGUAACAGACCGCGGAGAGACCCCG